AUGCUGAAAGAACUUAUCUCUGGUAGCCUUGAGGCUACUUUAAAGGCAAUUCCAAAGGGAAAAACCUUGUAUGUGGCUUACUUGGCGUCUAUCGAUCCUCGUACCAAACAGCCUUGGUGCCCGACUGUCCGUGCUGCUCUUCCAUCUUUUAAUAGUACUUUCAACAACUCAAACAAACUGGAUCUUGUCCACGUUUACGUCGGCGGCGUUUCUCAAUGGAAGACACCUGCUAACGAAUACCGCAUCAAGUAUGGAAUUACGGCCGUUCCCACUCUUGGUCGCUACACGCGCACAGAGGAUGGUACUCUCGAACAAGAUUUGCUCGUUGAUUAUGAUUGUUUGGACGCUAAAAAAUUCCAAAAGUUCGUUCAAUAG